UAGUUAAACAGAUGGCUGUGUCAUUCUUGAAUGGGGUGGGCGGGCAGGCAGCCAGCAGGGCUCUGUAGCUAAGGCGUCCCUGCAGGGGCCAUUACCUACCAUAGCUCUAGUGUCUGGCCUAAGAGAUGCCCUUCACCCAUAACCUUAGGCACCUACAACUCCAGAACCCCAGCCCUGGCCAGCAUUGCAGGCUUGGUCUCCACCCAAACCUUCCUUCUGACUCCACACCUUGGAGGCUCCCCCACCACUCCACUGCCUUGCUCUUGCCCUCUAGUCCACUGGACACUUGUAAAACAUGAAAUACCCCAUGUAUUACACCCUCCUAGAGACUUUCCAUGGCUCCUCAGUGGCCCAGGACAAAGCUCGUACCUUUCAAUCAGGCCCCCACAGGCCCCACUGAGGGCUAAAGUGCUGACAAGAGGAGCCGCUCCCUGACUCCAAGGCAAGUUCUCACCAAGCACUCCUCAACCUCGCAACAUCCUUACCCGUGACACCCCUCAGGUGACGAGGCAUGCCUGCACUGCUCACAUGAAGCUCAGCUUCUGUCUGCACAUGCUGGGCUUGUGACUCCAAGUUUUCCAGGCUAAUAAGGGUCACAGGACUCACAUGGGGAGAGAUGACACGUUUCUCCAACCAACCUUUGCUGGGCCCCUACUGAGUCUCAGGCCUGGCUGCUGGGUGCCAGCAAAAGCAUCCUGCCCUCAGCAAGAACGGCUGAACUCCGCUGGAGCUUCAGAAAUGUCAGGGAGAGUCUGCCCAGGGCCCAGGGAGGGUCUAUACCGGGCUGGACAUCUCUGGGCCGCUGAGUGUGCUCCCUGCACCCCAACAUUCUAUUAUGAAUAUUUGUAAAUGUAACAGAAAAGUAGAAAGAGUUGUAUAUUGAAUACCCUUAUACUGUCAGGGCACCACAGACCUGACCGUAUUUUGUUAUAUUUGCUUUAUCAUCUAUCCAUCCCUCUAUCCAUUAAUUCAUCUUUUUUUUUUUUUUUUUUGAGACAGAGUCUCGCUCUGUCACCCAGGCUCUGGAGUGCAGUGGUGCAAUCUCAGCUCACUGCAAGCUCCGCCUCCCAGGUUCACACCAUUCUCCUGCCUCAGCCUCCCAAGUAGCUGGGACUACAGGUGCCCACCACCACGCUUGGCUAAUUUUUUUUUUGUAUUUUUAGUAGAGACGAGGUUUCACUGUGUUAGCCAGGAUGGUCUUGAUCUCCUGACCUCGUGAUCUGCCCACCUCAGCCUCCCAAAGUGCUGGGAUUACAGGCGUGAGCCACCGCGCCCAGCCAAUUCAUCUCACUUUUUGACCGAUGCAGUUUCUUUGAGAUGGGGUCUAGCUCCAUCGCCCAGGCUGGAAUGCAGUGGUGCACGCAUGGCUCACUGCAGCCUUGAACUUAAGGGCUCAAGUGAUCCCUCCUGCCUCAGCCUUCUGAGUUGCUGGGACUACAGGUGUGUACCAUCAUGCCCAGCUCAUUUCUUAAUUAAAAAAAUUUUUUUUUAGUAGAGACAGGGUUUCAUCAUGUUGCUCAGGCUGGUCUCGAACUCCUGGAAUCAAGCCUCCUACCUCUGCCUCCCAAAGUUUUGGGAUUACAGGUGUGAGCCACCACACCCAGCCCUGAUCUGUUCUUGAAUCAGUUAAAGCCCUCACACUCCCGGAAGGCCGCCAGCCAAUGCACCUGUUGGAACUUUGCACACAGGGUGGCUUCUCCCUUCAACCUUGGCCUGCAGCUCAGUAACAAAUGGGCUGCAGACACCAGGGGCUUGCCCAUGGGAGCCCCAAGGCCUAAAGAGGGUGGCAGAGAUUUGAUGUCUGUCAUUCUCCACCUGCAGCCUCAGUCCACGGUCGGCCAGGCACCAAGAGCUCACACUUUGCCCUCCUAAAUGCCAGGCCCUUCAUAAGUAUCAUCUCAUUGUUAAGAGUGGGGGCUUCAGCGCCAGACAAAUGCGGGUUUAUGUACAACUCAACCACGUGCUGGUGGGAGAGUCACCAUCUCUGAGCAGACCUGUGACUCCUGUUCCAAACGGACGAGGAACCACUGAGAUGAUGUGUUAGGACUCCCAGCCUGCCAGAACCUCACAGCCCCUGGCCCUUCACAGCAAAGUCGACCACAGUGAGCAUUCCCUCCACCAGUCAGAACACCCUGGACGCUGAGCGGCCUUCUCUGAGAGCCUGGUGCCUUUCAUAGCCCUGGGUGACUCCUCUGAUCCCAGCCACCAGGUUGUCACUAUAGACCUAAUUUAACCAUCUGUCCUCAGUAUGCAGGGCUCAACAUUUGGAACGGGAGGUGGUUCUGGGAGCCAAUUAGAGGCCAGGCUUUGGGAGGUGGCAGAGGUGAGAACCUCACACCUGGGCUCUGUCUGAUAAGUCUAGGCCUGGGUCAGGGGACCUUGGCCUAAAGGGCCUGUCUUGCCCGGAGCGUGGGAGGGGGCUGAGUCUACACAGCUGGCCUGGCCUCAGGCCUGGAGCUUUAGCUCAAGGACGAGAAGACCCAUAAAGCCAGACCCAGCUCCCAACCUCACAUCUGCCACGAUGUUGCUGCUCAGCCUGACCCUAAGCCUGGUUCUCCUUGGCUCCUCCUGGGGUGAGUGGGUCAGGACCAGCCCUGAUUCAGCCCUGGGAGCAACUCAGCUCCCAGCACCAGCCCAGGGAAGGAGCUAGGCUGGCUGGAAGGGACGAAGGUGGACAGAGUAGGCAAAAGAAACAGGAUAUGCCAGGGCAGGGGAGCAGGAACAGGCCUGCAGGGCUGGGAGGGGGCAAGAGGUGGGGUGGUCUCACGAAUAGGACCAGAGAUUGAGCCAGGCCCUGGAGCCCGGGAGGGUUUAGGAAGCUGAGACAGGAAGACCUGUCCAUGUCUUUUAGAAAGAACCUUCUGGCUGCAUGAAGGGUAUGAACUGUUCAGGUCGGGAGGGGCAGAGAGAUCAGGGGUAGAGAUGGGGAACAGCGGGGACUAGGCUGGAGAAAGAUGUAGGAGAACAGCAGGGCUGGGGGACUGGUUGGAUGGGGAUAACCAAGAUAGCUGUGGGGCCCGAAGGUGCUUGCAUGUACCCGGUUGGGGAAGGGGUAGUGCUGUAUCCUCUCGACAGACCUCUCUGGGGUGAACAGCCUGGGGCACCCAAGAUGAGGUGGAGAAAGGUGGGCUGAGGCAUGGGAAGCAGGUCCUCAUUAGCCCAAUGGCCAGGCUGCGGCGUUCCUGCCAUCAAACCGGCACUGAGCUUCAGCCAGAGGAUUGUCAACGGGGAGAAUGCAGUGUCGGGCUCCUGGCCCUGGCAGGUGUCCCUGCAGGACAGAAGCGGCUUCCACUUCUGCGGUUCUCUCAUCAGCCAGUCCUGGGUGGUCACUGCUGCCCACUGCAACGCCAGCCCUGGCCGCCAUUUUGUUGUCCUGGGCGAGUAUGACCGAUCAUCGAACACAGAACCCUUGCAGGUUCUGUCCAUCUCUCAGGCCAUUACACACCCUAGCUGGAACUCUACCACCAUGAACAAUGACGUGACGCUGCUGAAGCUCGCCUCGCCAGCCCAGUACACAACACGCAUCUCGCCAGUUUGCCUGGCAUCCUCAAACGAGGCUCUGACUGAAGGCCUCACGUGUGUCACCACCGGCUGGGGUCGCCUCAGUGGUGUGGGCAAUGUGACACCAGCACGUCUGCAGCAGGUGGCUUUGCCCCUAGUCACUGUGAAUCAGUGCCGGCAGUACUGGGGCUCAAGUAUCACUGACUCCAUGAUCUGUGCAGGUGGCGCAGGUGCCUCCUCGUGCCAGGGUGACUCCGGAGGCCCUCUUGUCUGCCAGAAGGGAAACACAUGGGUGCUUAUUGGUAUUGUCUCCUGGGGCACCAAAAACUGCAAUGUGCGCGCACCUGCUGUGUAUACUCGAGUUAGCAAGUUCAGCGCCUGGAUCAACCAGGUCAUAGCCUACAACUGAGCCCACCACAGGCCCCUCCCCAGCUCAACCCAUUAAAGACCCAGGCCCUGUCCCAUCAUGCAUUCACGUCUGUCUUCCUGGCUCAGGAGAAAGGAGAGGCUGUUGAGGGUCCAACUCCCUACUUGGACUUCUGCCAUAGAAGGGGCUGAGUGACUCCGUGAGUAGCAGUGGCUCUUCCUAGAGUAG